AUGCCUUUGGAAUUUGCUGAAAGUACAAUGAAUGAACUACUCGGUUGGUAUGGUUUCGAUAGUGUAGAUCGUUUGGAUCUUUCAGCAAAAACAUCGAAAUUGUUACAAACAGCGGGUAUAAUUAGUGCACAACAACAUCAACAGCAACAACAACAGCAGCAUCAUCAUCAUCACCAGCAGCAGCAGCAUCAUUUGGAAAAACGUCGCAGUCGCAGCAGUCGUGCUGCCUCACUUCUACAAAUGCAUCAGCAGCAGCAACAAAAUGAGCAUUUACGUACCCUCAACAACAAUCACAAUAAUAGCAACAACAAUAACAACAACAAUAGUAAUAAUAACAACAUCAGCAGCAGUGUUAGUAGUUCGAAUAAUCGUAAAACGUCUCUAAAUUGCAACAACAACAACACCAGCAGCAAUAUCAAUAGUUAUCGUGGCAAUGAUAGUACUACCUCAGAUCAUGAUACCCGAAGCUCAAGAGAUGAUGAUUCUAAAAGUCCCAAUUCAGCUGGCAAAACACAUUCGACUACAACGAAUAUUAUUGAUGAUAAAAUAGUUGACUAUCAAAACUGCUGUUGGUGUCGCCGUCCCGUUCCCGAAAACGCCCCCGAAUUCUUAACAACCUCCGAUGGUCCACGCUACUGUUCAGAAUCGUGUUUUACUCAAAGUAGACGCGCUUCAUUUAAAAAGGCCAAAACCUGUGAUUGGUGCAAACAUGUACGACAUGCCGUUAGUUAUGUGGAUUUUCAAGAUGGUGCCUCCCAGUUGCAAUUCUGUUCCGACAAGUGUCUGAAUCAAUAUAAAAUGCAAAUAUUUUGUAAAGAGACCCAAGCCCACUUGGAUAUGAAUCCACAUUUAAAGGAACAGGGUCUGGAGGCGGCCAGUAAUGGAGCAAAUCUUAUAACACCCGAUUUAUGGUUGAGAAAUUGUCGCAGUCGUUCGGCCUCGCCAGCAUCCACGGUGUCAAUAUCACCAGGACCACCUGGACAGGCUAAUCUCUGUAACGAGAGAAGUGCUAACAGUCCAUUGCCACGUUUAAACCUUAACAACAGUUCAUUGCCUCUGACGGGCAAUAACAGUCACAAGCCUUUGAUUUCAGUCGCCCCUGUGUCGAAAUUAAUGUCUAAAUCACCCAGUAUUCUAGCUAAUCGGCAAUCGCCCAAACAUAAUCGUAAAAAACGACCAGUUAGAUCAUGUGUAAGAGAAGAUGUUUUAAAUACUAGAAACAGUGAAGCGAAAUCGAAUUGUUCACCUUCUUUGGCUCCAGUCAGCAUUAAACCAAAACCUUUAAUGUCAUCCUUAAACGACAACAGCCGCUCUAAUUCACAAUCGUUAACACAAUUCGCUGCUUCGGGAGUACAAGAUUUACACAUGAAUGUGCCACCAUUAUCACCCUUAAAUGAAGCACACAACUCACAGCCCACCACGCCUCACAGUCUACCGCCCACACCCAAUAGAGGACCCACAGCCAUACCGCCAGCAUUUUUUGCCACAACACCCAACAAUCAAGCAACACAAAACGCACAAACCUUGGGUUUAACAGCCCAAGGUUUUGCGCCACGCCCUCCAUUUAUACCUAAUCCUAAUAACGGCUUCUUGCCUAGAUUUUUGGGUAACUUUGGCGGUUUACCACCUCCUCCACCACCACAUGCAGCCGCUGCAUUAAUGCCAACUGAAUUAACAGCCUUAAAUACUCUAAUAGGCACUCCGCCGCCAGUAACAAUUAUGGUACCUUAUCCGGUAAUAAUACCUCUGCCCAUACCCAUACCAGUACCCCUGCCCAUAGUGGAUUUCUAUAAAGCUCACUUAACACCAGAAGAACGCAAGAAAUACGAUGAAGAGCAGCAACAAAUGAAACAGGAAAAGGAAACUGCGAGUAGUGAAACAUGUUUAACUAACAGAGAUGCUGAAGAACCUUUAGAUUUUACCAAAACCAAGGAAUUGGAACCAGAAAGUGUUAGACUUAAAAACACAGACUCUCCCAAAACUUCACAAGAAGUCGACGACACCAAAGAGGAGGAACAAACUUCUGAAGAAACUAAAAACACAAACACCAAAGUUACAACAUCCCCUACAAGACAUUUACAAUGUGUUAUCAGCAGCGAAGAAGCGCCACAAACUAACACAGACAGCAGCCGAACCAGCACAAGCAAAUUAAAAAGUGAUUUUGUAGCCAGUAAUCAAGAUACAAAUGAAGACUCUAGUGAAUUACAAGGUGGUGGCAGCAGUAGCGUAACAGUGUCUGCAGGAGGAGGUGGAGGAGAAAUAAAUCAAAAAUUACCUAAACUUAAAAUAACACGACUGCAAACCAAACGUACUCUUAUACAAACCAAAGAAUCCGAAUGCUCAAGACCUUUGCGCAAGCGUAAACGUAUAAUCGAUUGUGAUUUUCAAAAAUUGAACAGCACAACAACCAGCAACAAGGAAGUAAACGAGCCACCACCGCCGCACGAAGAAGAAUUAAACACAACGACUGAAAACGAAACGCCAAACCACAAAGGUCAAACUAAUAAUUCGAAUAAUAAUAAAAAAUAAAAUUAAUUUUAGCAUUAAGUACCCUUAACCCCCC